AUGGCGCUUCAAAUUGAUCCUGAGUUGGGUGCAAUACUGAAGGCCAGAGCUGGCGGUGUACCCCCUUUUUCAGCUGUUGACCCGGCGAAUUUCGAGGCCAAGAGGAUAGUCCAUGCACAAUUGAUGUCAGCAGUUGAUCAGCGUUUGUCAAUGCCAGAUGAUAUCGAGAUAUCUACAUUUCACGCCCGCGCUCUUGAGGGCCACGAUAUACCGAUUUAUCGCUUUCACAGUCUGAGCGACAACGACAACUCAAGCCGACGUUCUGCAAUCGUGUACGUCCAUGGCGGUGGAAUGGUCCUUGGCCGUGCUCUCGACCAGAAGAAUUCUCUAGCUAUCCAGGUGUCAUGCACAGGCGUCCAGGUCUUCUCGGUCGAGUAUCGACUUGCUCCGGAGCACCCUCAUCCUACUCUGGUAGAAGACGUUUACGCUGCGGUCAGCUGGCUGAGCACCAAUGCUGAGCAAUUUGGGAUUGAUCGCGCUCGCAUUGCUGUGAUGGGAGAAAGCGCAGGAGGUGGAAUCGCCGCGGGUGUUGCUCUUCUGGCCAGAGAUCGCGGGCUCCAUCCACCAUUGGCAAAACAAAUCCUAAUUUGCCCCAUGUUGGACGAUCGCAACAACAAGCCCGUGCCAGAGAUAGAGGCGUUUGCUAUAUUCAAGGUUGAAGAAAAUAUCCGAUGCUGGAGGGCGGUAUUAGGCCACAAGUAUGGCACAGAUGAGGUACCAUGUUAUGCAGCGCCGGUGCGGGCUGAAUCGAUACAGGGUUUGCCUUGUACGUAUAUCGACGUUGGAAACUUGGAUAUUUUUCGCGACGAGAUCUUUCUAUAUGCUUCCCGGCUAGCAUCUGCGAAUAUACAAACGGAAUUUCAUCUUUACCCGGGUGUCCCGCAUGGGUUUGACGGCAUUGGCCGAGAUAUCACGAUAACAAAGUCUGCCAUGGAGAACAGGAAGAGGGCAAUCAUAAGUUUUUAG